GUUGUACUUCCGGUUCAAAUCCCUGUUACAAAACAAACUGUGUAGUGGGUUCUGUAUACUGACCGCUACCCUUCAGAUAUUUUCAACCUGGUCGUUUGACACUUUUACUGGCUUCAAUGACAACAGCAGUGAUCAUUGCUGCGGUCGUCGGCGGCGGUGUGCUGCUUAUCAUGCGUCGAAUAUUUCCCCGGCAGAAAGCUGUGGAGCUUCUCCGCUAUCAUGCUGACAUGAUGCGGGGGAAAACGGUGGUCGUAACCGGUGCCAACUGCGGUAUAGGAAAAGCAGUGGCCGGGGAGUUGGUGAAACUCCAGGCCCGGGUGAUCAUGGCGUGUCGGGAUCGGGAAAGCGCAGAACAAGCAGCCCGAGAUAUCAGAAAGGAAGCUGGACCAAAUACUGGUGAAGUUAUCGUUAAACACUUGGACCUGGCGUCGCUUUCAUCGGUCCGGGAAUUUUGCGAAGUAAUUAAUAAGGAGGAGUCAAAGAUAGACGUGCUCAUCAACAACGCAGGCGUCUACCAAUGUCCCUACACCAAAACGGUGGAGGGCUUCGAGUUGCAGUUCGGCGUCAACCACCUGGGCCACUUCCUGCUCACCCACCUCCUGCUGGACCGGCUGAAGGCGGCAGAGGCCGGCCGGGUGGUGGUGGUCUCCUCCAAGCUCUACAAGUACGGUCACAUCAACUUUGACGACCCCAACAGCGAGCGCGGCUACGACAAGGCCUUCUGCUACAGCCAGAGCAAGCUUGCCAACCUGCUGUUCUGCAUGGAGCUGUCCCGCCGGCUGGGUGUGGCCUCCGGGGUCACGGUGAACGCGGUGAGCCCCGGCAUCGUGAGGACAAGGCUGGGCAGGCACAUCCACAUCCCCAUGCUGGCCAGGCCCCUGUUCUACCUGGCCGUGCUGGCCUUCUUCAGGAACGCGCUGCAAGGGGCUCAGACCCUGCUGUACCUGGCCUGCUCCCCGCUGGUGGAGGGCGUGUCGGGGAGGUACUUUGCAGACUGUGCGGAGGACACGCUGCUGGAUAAAGCCACGGACGUGCAGGCGGCCAAGAGGCUGUGGGAGAUGAGCGAGAGAAUGGUGGGACUGACGGAAUGAGGUGGAAAGCAAUUAGAUUGAAGACAUGCUUGUCUUUGGGUUUGUUUUCAAGGUUUUAACCUAAGUGGAACGGUGGUGUGAAUCCUAUUUGGCAGUUACACACUCUUUGGUCGGGGGUUGAAUAUCAUCCAGCCGUGACAUCUUCUCUUUUCUGUGGGGUUAAAUAGUUAAAUUAGAUCUGUAUCCAUCUAUACAUGGAUACGUGAUACAGGGUUUUGAAUUGUGUGAAUGAGUGUUCUCCAAUCCUCCAUGUAUUUUAAACAUCGGUAAUAACUUUGACUUCAUUAAUGCUCUGUAUAGAGAUGUAACUUGGCUGCAGGGAAACGCACCCUUUCUAGCAUAGUUGUUACUGCGAUGUCAAGACUUGAGUCUUGGGUGCCAUCUGCUGGACAUUAACUGAAAACCUUCCACAUUGUGACCAACGGCUAAUCAGGAUGACUUCGUCUCGAAAUUAACAAUUCAAUCACACAUAUCCUUUGACGCAACACCUGUUGUGAGUAUAAUUGGUAUGCAUCAUGUUGUGUACAUCUGUACAUCCUGUCAACCUUCUGGAAUUGUUUUGAAGUGUAAAUGCCUUGAAUCUCUAAUCUGCAGCAGGCCUAUAUAGUGUCAAACGCCAAGCAUUUAGCUUUCCCCAAGGAACGUGUUACGGUUGAUCUAAGAGGCUGCUGUGAUUAUUGAUGAGUAAUAAUAUUAUGAAGGUGACAUAAGUCAGGUCGGUAUUUCCUUUUAUAUAUUUAGAUAUAUUUAUGUGUAUCCUAUUUUGUAUAACUAACACCGCUGAGAUGGCUGGCUAAAACUAUUACCUUGCUGACUUGAAUCUUCCCUACACAAUAAACCAAUAUAUCAAACUUA